AUGGAACUUGUUGGCACAAGAUUAGAUGAGUUUUGGCCUUCAUCAAUCCUUCGUUUUCAUGUGUUAUUCUUAAUUUCUGUAACCACACUAUGCUUCCAACCCGCUGAUUUUCUCACUAAACUGGGAAAUGAGACUGACAGGCCUGCACUUCUGGAAUUCAAAGCCAAGAUAAGCAAUGAUCCAAAUGGCAUCUUCAGCUCAUGGAAUCACUCUGUCCACUUCUGCAAAUGGGAAGGGGUUACUUGUGGAAGCAAGCAUCAGAGAGUUACGUCUUUAAAUCUGCAGGGGCUGAGCUUGUCUGGGACCAUAUCUCCACAUGCAGGGAAUCUCACCUUCAUGAGGUUCGUCAGCCUUGGUGACAACAGAUUCCAUGGUGAAAUUCCUCGAGAAGUUGGUCACCUCUUCAGAUUGAGAUAUCUCAACCUGACGAAUAAUCAAUUGAGUGGUGAAGUUCCAGGUAACAUCAGCAAUUGCUCAGAGCUCAGGGUUGUAAGUUUGAAGAAUAACAACAUAGUGGGAAACAUCCCUGCUGAGCUGGGCUUUUUAAAGAAGCUUGGAAAGCUUCCAACUGAAUUGGGACACUUAACAAGCUUAACUUCCCUCGGGCUCGGAUCUAAUAAUCUGAGUGGUUCAAUACCUCCUACCAUUUACAAUAUCUCAACUAUCAGUUACUUUGGUAUUACAUGUAAUCAAUUAAGUGGGAGUCUCCCAGCUAACAUAAGCCAAACUCUUCCUGAGCUGCAACUCCCGUUGUUGGCUCAAAAUGGAUUUUUUGGAACCAUUCCAGAAUCAUUGGCCAAUGCUUCACAGCUUCAGCUUAUUGACAUCUCUAACAACAGUUUCACGGGACAAGUUCCUGCCAAUCUGGGGAAUAUCAAGGGUCUUCAACAGCUUCAUGUGGAGUUCAAUUUCUUGGGCAGUAAUACAAGUCAAGAUUUGAGUUUUGUACCAUCUCUGGCCAACUGCAGCAUUAAUCUACAACAACUAUAUUUUGAUGGUAACAAUUUUGGUGGUGUAUUACCUAGCUCCAUUGGCAAUCUGUCUAACCUUGUCCAAUUAGGCCUAGGACGAAAUCCAAUAUCAGGAACAAUCCCAGAAGAGGUAGGGAAUCUUGUCAAAUUGUUUCGAUUAGAUAUGGAUGGAAACCUUUUUUCGGGUAAUAUCCCCAUAUCAUUUGGAAAGCUGCAAAAGCUGGAAAGGCUAACCUUAAACCAAAAUCUACUUUCUGGAGAAAUCCCAUUUUUCCUAGGUAACAUCACCAGGCUAUAUUGGCUUCAGUUAGAAGGAAACAAAUUCCAAGGAAAUAUAACUCCAAGUCGUGGAAACUGCCAAAAUCUUCGUUUUCUAGAUUUCUCAAGAAAUAAACUGACGGGCAUCAUACCCAACCAAAUCCUUGGCCUUUCUUCUCUAUCAGAAACUCUAAACUUAUCACAGAACUCAUUGAUAGGUCCCUUACCCUCAAAAGUUGGCAACCUGAGAAGUAUUAAUGCAUUAGAUGUCUCAGAGAACAAACUAUAUGGGGAAAUUCCUAAGACAAUCGGUGAUUGUUCCAGGCUAGAAAUCCUUAAUAUGCAGGGUAACUUCCUGCAAGGACCCAUUCCCUCGUCUUUUGAUUCUUUGAGAGGUCUUCAACAAAUAGAUAUGUCCAGAAACAACUUGUCAGGAAAUAUUCCAAAUGAGUUGGAGAAGCUUAUCUUCUUGCAAUAUUUGAAUCUUUCUUUCAAUAAUUUUGAGGGUGAGGUACCAAAAAAAGGACUUUUCAGCAAUGCAGGUGCUAUUUCGCUUGUUGGAAAUACAUAUCUUUGUGGAGUGACGUCCUUAUGUGUUUUCUAUUUGCGGAAGUCAAGGAAUAGUCCAAUUUUCUCAUCUUUUACAGUGGAUAAGCUUCCUCAAAUUUCAUACAAGCAGCUCUUGCAGGCAACUAGCGGAUUCUCUUCAGAAAACUUAAUUGGACAAGGCAGUUUUGGCUCAGUAUAUAAAGGAAUUCUUCAUCAGCUAGGAGAAUGUUUUGUUGCUGUAAAGGUACUCAAUCUUCAGCAACAUGGAGCUUCCAAGAGCUUCAUUGCUGAGUGCAAAGCAUUGAAAAACAUCCGGCAUCGGAAUCUAGCAAAAAUCUUGACAUACUGCUCCAGCAUUGAUUUUAAAGGCAAUGAUUUCAAAGCUCUAGUGUUUACAUUCAUGGAAAAUGGCAGUUUGGAAAUUUGGUUGCAUCCAAAGGAAAAUGGUUAUAGUCAGACAAGGAAAUUAAACUUUCUUCAAAGACUAAGCAUUGCCAUUGAUGUGGCUUCUGCAUUGCAUUAUCUUCAUGAACAUUGUGAAAUGCAAAUCGUUCAUUGUGACUUGAAGCCAAGCAAUAUUCUUCUGGACAAUGACAUGACUGCUCAUGUUGGUGACUUUGGAUUAGCGAGGCUCCUUUCUGAAACCAGUAACGAUCCUUCUCAAAGCCAAAUUUUCUCAACUGGGAUAAAGGGGACAAUUGGCUACAUGGCUCCGGGUAAUAUUUUUCACACUACUUUCUUCUUUGUUAAAUUACUACAUGAAUCAGCUUGGUAUGACAUAUGCAGGAUGAGGGGGAAAACAUAAUGACCCUUGCACUUUGCUUGUAUUAAGCACCUGAACUUUUGUUACUCCACAUUAAGCCCUCAAGCUUUUGUUAAAAUUCACAGCAAAUAUUAUAGAUGAAUCCCAGAUUCUUUUAUGGAUAUAUAGAAUAGUAAUUGUACAAUCUUGAUCACAUUUUAAUAGAAUUAGAGAUGUAUGAAUUGCAGAA